UAUAAUGGUUCAGAAAAAAAUAUUUCAUAACAAAAUUUUCAUUUUACUAGAAAAAAAUGAAAGAUCUGAGAGAUCUGGAGAGAUGGCUCAGAGGUUAGGAGAUUAUAUUUCUCUUGUAGAGAAUUCAGGUUUAGAUCCCCAGCACUGACAUAGCAGUUGAAAAUCAACCUUUAACUCUAGUUCCAAUGCCCUCUACUGACCUCUAAGGACCCCAGGCAUGCCCAUGGUACACAUACAUGCACGAAAGCAUAGCAUUCAGACACAUAAGCCAAAAAUGAAAUAAAUAACGGUGUUAACAAGAUUGGUUGAAAACAUGACUUGAUUUACAAAAGAAAAAAAAAUUGUCAAAGCAAGCAUUCAGAAGUUAUGGCUUGUGCUUUUAUUAGGAACGAGGAAGAAAGCCACACGGGGAAAGCUAUGCAAAGGACAACCCAAGAUUCCCUUCCCGUCAUGCAUCAGGGGCUAUCAGGAGGCUGUGCUGUUGCGUCAGUUCAAGUCCGAAAAGAAUCAGAUUGUCUCUGUUGAUUUACAGGAUUUCAAAGCUACAAGAGAAAGGAAGGGAGCCCCAGCUGUUGCCUCUACAACUGUUAGUAGUUGUCUGUGAGGAAACAGCCACCUGAGGAAGUACCGUAGGGCGAGCUCCUCAGUUGCCAAGGCACCUGCUACUCCCGACUGUAAAACUUAAGUCUGGUGCUGUUUUUGCUUCUCCUGAGGCAGAGAACCAAGCAAUUAAUGGCGCAGCUGAGAAGCGUUAGCAGCCUGGGUUCUAAUGCAGAGGUCACUUCUAAACCACAGAAAAGGUCUGAGCCGCUCAUCAUCACUAUGGGUGAUGGUUAGUUUUUGACUAUCGACUUGACACAAUGUAGAAUCACCUGGGAAGGGAAUCUCAAGGAAGAAUCCAGGUUGGGUCGUCCUGUGGGCAUGCCUAUGAGGUAUUUUCUUAGUUGGGAAGCCCCAUCCUGAAUGUAGCUGUACAGUUUCAUGGGCUGGUUUUGGAUUGAGUGAAAAUCGGAGAGCCAGCCGAGCAAUCGUGUCCAUUCACUAACUCAUUGCUUUCUGCUCUUGACCAUGGGUGUGGAGCGACUAGCUACUUCAGAUCUCUGCAUCUUGACUUCCCUGUAGUGAAGAACUGGAACUGGAACUAUGAGCCAAACAAAGCCUUUCCCAUCAAGUUGCUUUUGCCUGGGUAUGCUGUCAUGGCAAGAGGAAAACAAAAACAAAAAGCUAAGAUGCUAUCUAAUACAGCACAGGCUUGGUGAUGAGCUAGACACCGAUACACCUAACUGAGCUAAUCAUGUGAUAGGCGAUGCUACGCUAUUGUGAGCUAGCACUGUGGGUGCCCUUCUCAGGAUGCAGAAGCAAACGAGAUGGGUACUGAGGUAUGUAUGCACAUGCACGAGGCAGGUGCUCAUAGGUUCAAUCUUCUCCCUCUGAUGUAUGUGCCAGAUCUGAAGAAUUAAAAAGAGGAUGGAAUCAGUUAAGUAGCAUUAUCAUCGUGGUCACCGUCCUGAUACAUAGGAGUAAUAACAUAUAGUGUAGUCAUAAAAGGUAAUAAUAGAGGAACGUAGCUAAUUAGUCAGUAUAAAGUGUAAUUCCAGAACAAAACCAGGAAACAGCUUUUCAGCAUUCUGCAGUGGUCUGGUUUCUGUAUAUACCAUGUCAGCACAUAACGUUAUUCAGUGUAAGAGAACGUCCGUUGUUCCGGUUGAAAUUCUACUUAAUAAUAAUAAUGCCAUGAAUAUCAUCGCUGGCAUCUUCAUAGUGUCUCCUUUUCUCCUUUCCCUUUUUAACAUUGUAUUUACUAUUGCUUGUGUGGGUUUAUGUGAGCGGGCACGUGGGUACCUCAGCACAUGGGAAGUCAAGGAUAACUUUUGGGGAGUGAGUCCCUUCCCUAGACCAUGUGGGUCCUGGGGGUUGACCUCAGCUGGUCAGUACUUGGUAGCAAGCUCCAUUACCCUCUGAGCUAGCUGUCUCGUGGGCAGCUCAUUUCUUUUUUUAAAAAAAAAUAUUUUUAUUUUACGUGCAUUGGUGUUUUGCUGUGGGUGUCGGGUUCCCUGGAAGUGGAGUCACAGGCAGUUGUGAGCUGCCAUGCCGGUGCUGGGAAUUGAACCCAGGUCCUCGGGAAGAACAAUCAGCUCUCUCAACCGCUCAGCCAUCUCUCCAGCCCCCACUGCUUUUAUUAUAUAUCAAUUAUCCAUCCUAAUAAUCAAAGCUGAGGAAUCCCAUGGGAUGGGUUACAAUUACUCAAGAGCAAGGAUUCAUUAGAUUUUUUUUUCAUAAAAAGUGUCAACCUUCAUGAACAAUGAGAUAAUGAUACACCCCCAAGUCCCCACCCAGCACCAACUGUCAGUGUUUAGAUAGCCCUAUUUUGUCUGUCUCUUCUCUUUUUGCUGAGCGGUGGAAUACUCACAUACAAAAGCACAUAAGCUGUUUGCCUUUAAGCCCAGCUAUGUUUUCCUAGUUCAUAAAUAUUUUUUUCAUUUCCAUAGCCAUCAUCCAAAUUGCUCAUGGCCAGGAAAUAAAUGCCUCCUAUCAUAGCCUCAGCUACAAUGAUGAGCUUUUCUCUCUGCUUCCAGACAAGGGAUUGGUAACUCACAUCCACAUAGUAUGGCUGGAGUGUCCAAUUGGAGUCCACAUGGGUCCCCAAAUAGCCAGGACUGUGGCCCAACACAUUUGACAGUUACAUAAUGAUGCAGUGUCCAUGGGUUACAUACCUUGCACAGAUUGACUUCUGCCAGUCUGUGUGCACCCAUAAGAUGCCUUGUAUUUUAUGUAAAAAUACAUAUACAUUCAUUCUACAGUAUUCCAGAGCUGUCCCCUUGUUGUAGGUAGAGCCUGUUCCCUACACAAGGAUAAGAACUUCUGCUACGCUCACAUCUCAAAACUCUUAAUAUCAAAAUGUUGCGCCUGCCCUGACCACUUCACCUGUAAUUAUUUCCCUCGUGUUUCUUAUGCAAUUUAAACCAGGUCGCUUUCCCUGUUUAUCCUGUUCUGUUUAUCUUACUUUCACGAUGUGAUAUUUAUUAGGCCCCUGCCGUGUACUAAACAAUAUGCUCCUGAAAUGUGCUUUGCUGUGCAUUGUUACACAAGGUAAAGAAUAUGUCAGUACCUGAGAUGCGUUCUGUUUACCAUAGCUGUAGAUUCCUUGAAUGGGAAGGGAAAAAACGAGCCAACCAGCGGUGAGUGUCUUUCCUGCUGGCACCCGAGUUCAGGAAGAUAGGAUGGUUCUUCCCACCCCUUUUUCAUGGCAGGGGGAGAUGGCUGUUUUGUUAUUCUUGACAUUGCACUAGAAGUCUGAACAGAAGUUUUCCCUGCGUCCCGCAGUAGACUAAGUACUGGAACACUGCUCCGGAAUUAAGUUAAAUGAUUUUCCAGCAGCCCUCCUAGCAACACUACAAAGGCACAUUUUGGGGACACCGUAGCUGAGUCCGCACAAACAUCCAUAACAGAACAGCAACUCAGCAACAUCAGAUCCUUGUCCAAAGACAUUACUGAACAAUCUGGGCUUCGAUUUGGGGAACAUGGUUUUGUUUUGUUUUGUUUUUAAAUACAUAGAUAGACCCCUGCGGGUAACUGAGUCGUUUACUAAUGGGGGUUUGAAGGUUAUUAGCUGACACGGAAAGCAAUUAACACUAUUAUUGCAGAAACAGUGAUCUAUGUCCAUUAGGCGAACGCUUCUGAAUUCCACCCUACACUUUGACACGAGCUGCCUUUGACCCACUCACUUUGGCAAAACAUUGAAAAGAUGAACCAUGCCUUUUUAAUGAAAAGACCCAGAACCUGAGCUGUGACAGCCUGGGCUUGAUCCCUCCGCUUCUGGGUCAGCCCAGGUGCCCAGGCACCCAGUUGGUAUUCCCGUUAGUGUAUGUGGCGGUCAGGAGAAAAAGGGAAGAGAAACGCUCGGGGUCACGUGAGGUGUCAGUCACCACAGGUACGGAGCUGCGCUUGGGGCCAGCCAGGUGUACCCGCCCUUGCGUCUCUCGGGCUUAGGAACCGACCAGCCACCAGAGACUGGAGAGGAGCGAGGCAAGGGACAGGAAGGUCAUCCCGAUCGAUCCCAGCCUAACUCCCCUGGCACGUCCGGGCUCGGCGAUUGCAGGGGACCAGACAGCUCGGCCACACUGCCUGGGCUCCGCCGCGCGCCCGCGCCGCACCGAGCCGACUCCGAGGCGCCGCCGCGAGCCCGCGGCCGCAGCCUAAGAAGAGGCCGACGCGUGGAAGUUGCAUUCUGGACAGCCCCGGCUGUGAUGCUGAAGAGCUCCGAGCCAGCGCUUGGUCGAGCCUCCCGCCCGGAUCCCGGGCAGAGACCGCCCCCGACCCGGCGCUGACAUUUAAGUCUGCACUGCUCAAGGGCGACCUGCGUCUCUGCUGCCCCAGUUGUGGCCGCUCUGCACCCCUAGAGACUGGGGUCGUGGCGGGCUGCCCCCCCACACACACACCGGGGAUCUGCACGCCUGGGGCCUGGAUUCCCAUCAGAGACUCACAGUGACUGGUGGAUCCUGUGAAGGGCAAAGGAUGGUGCUCACUGACGUCACUCAGGCGCCUUUCAUGCAUCUUCCCUGCUGAGAGACUCCUGAGAAACGACUGUCCCUCUCUGAGGAAGGAAACUGCCGGUGAUUUACCAAGACAAGAAGUAAUCCUCUGUGAUCGCAAGAUGAUUCAGAGUCAUGGGAAAGAGAUCCAGCAAAUCACAUGCUGCUUGAAGAUUUUCUGCUCAGAAGUAAUCCUCAUCUUUUCUGAUCUUGAUUGACACCCACAGACAGUCACAUGGCUCUGCCUGGCUGGAGAAGGAUGGAUCCUGAAGCUGCCCAGCUGGAGAAGCAGCAUGUGCAUGAUGUGUAUGAGAGCACAGCCCCCUACUUCAGUGACCUGCAGAACAAAGCUUGGCCACGAGUCCGCCAAUUCCUUCAGGACCAGAAGCCAGGCAGCCUCAUUGCUGACAUUGGUUGUGGAACUGGGAAGUAUCUUAAAGUGAAUAGCCAAGUACAUACCCUGGGCUGUGACUACUGUGGGCCUCUGGUAGAGAUUGCCCGGAAUAGAGGGGGUGAAGUCAUGGUAUGUGACAACCUUAAUCUCCCCUUUAGGGACCAGGGCUUCGAUGCUAUCAUCUCCAUAGGAGUCAUACAUCAUUUUUCCACAAGACAAAGACGAAUUAGAGCUAUAAAGGAAAUGGCCAGGGUCUUAGCUCCUGGAGGCCAGCUGAUGAUUUACGUUUGGGCGAUGGAACAGAAGAACAGACACUUCGAGAAGCAGGACGUGCUGGUGCCAUGGAACCAUGCUCUCUGCUCCCGGCGGCUCUCAGAAUCCCACCAGUCCUGGGGGCAUCCGUGUGGGCAUCCCACGAGCCAAGGCCACCAGGGUCCUGGCUCCGCCUGCGGCUGCGCGGUGUGUUUUCAGGGCAGGUGCGAUUCCAAGCGGUCCCACAGCAUGGACGACGGGCCUGCGAUGGCAAGAACCUGCUGUGAAGAUGUUUCGAAGGAAGGCGAGGAAGCGAAUGGAUUGUAUAACAACUUUGGAAAAUCUUUCCGCUCCUGGUUUUUCUCCAGGUCUUUGGAUGAAUCAACCCUGAGGAAGCAAACUCAAAGAGCCAGACCCAUGAAAAUCACGGAGGGCUGGGCCGAUAGCACUGUUUCUCGUCAGCCUCCCAGACACCCCAGCUUAGACUUACAUCCCCAGGAGACGUUUUCAACAAAAGAACCAAACUUGGACGAGGUGUUUGGAGACACAUCUUUUCAAAGACACUUGGGCUGGCUGGAAGCACCGGGCAGUUCAGAGAACUUCAGUGGACACCGGGGAGGAGGGGGCAGGAGGAAGGAGGGCGGCGAUUUUCUGGACAUCGCUGACACCAGAGACAGUGUGGCUGCAGACAACGUCAUUGAUCCUUCUGCCAGAAAAAUAUUAAGGAGAGUUUCUGCAUUUGACUCUACAGAUUCCAAACCAGAAGGCCCAAGCUACGCGGAGGAGCAGCAGGAUGCUCCGGAUUCCAGGGCCUUCAUGCGCUACUACCAUGUGUUCCGGGAAGGUGAGCUGUCUGGACUACUGCAGGAGAGUGUGUCCGAGCUGCACGUUCUGAGUGCCGGCAAUGACCAUGGUAACUGGUGCAUCAUUGCAGAGAAAAGGGAGAGCUAGGUAUAACUACACCACUUGGGUCAGGGGCUUCAGAGGCGGCCCGUUAUCUGUCCACUGCGGGGGAUGUGGGCACCUGAAUCAGCAUCCUGUUUCAUUGUUUUCAAAUCCAGGUACGAGAUGGUCCUUGGACACUUUGACCUGAUCCUCUGAGUAGUUGAGUAAGCACAGAACCUGGAGCUUGCUGCAUCGGCCACAGGAUUUGUCUACUGAAAUGUCAAUAAAAGGAUCUGCGGAAGCAAUAGAAAAUGUACUUCAGUACAGGCUUGAUUUUAUUGCUCCGGGAGAUGAAAAUAUUAUAAUAAGUGUAAGUUCAGUGUCAGUAUUAUCUUUUGGUUUUUAAAUAUUCUGCUGUUAAAUAUCUUUUAGAAGCAGUUUUAUAUAUAUAUAUAUAUAUAUAUGCUGGUUCUCAGGUCGAUACUUAGAUCUGUGUGGAAGGUAACAAGGACGCCUGUUCGGCUGCUGUGUGUGUAUUUGUUGAGACUUGCUGUGGGGGUGUCUUGUUUUCAGGCUUUGUGUCUAUCUACUCCAAGCCUUCAGAGACAUUCAUAUGAUGCAGAGAAACACAAGUAUUGCCCAGACUUUCUAAAUCACAUGCAAACGUCCUUCAGGAUGAUCACUGUAAAUAACACCAUCUUCUGUGUUGUUCCAAAGGGUUUUAAAGGCACUGUUAGCAGAGGGUGUGGCUUUGUCUUCGAGCAGGCAGCUGGCAUGCCCAAGAAUCAGCAUCUAUGCACACACAGAUAGAGGAAAAAGAAUAAAAACACUGUUAGCAUGCAGAGACCAUUACAUGGGUGGGAGAUGUUAUCAGUCUUCUGGUGGCAUUUCCCCCAAAGAUAUUAGAAGCAUAAAUAUCCUGCUGAGAUAGUGCCAAAAUUAACCAAAGAGUUUUUGACCAGGAAGUGCUUGUCUGAGAUAUCUGAGAGUCUAAUUAGACCACUUUUACUUUGACUGUUAGGAAAGAUUUGAAGAGUGCUGUGUAUUUAGCCUUGAUGGACACAUAACUGGGAUUUGUUGUUGCAUGCCCAGGCAUUUACUCUUAAUGGUGACCACAUUAGAUUCACUGUAUCAAUGAUCUAGACAGAAUCAAAACUUACUUAUAGGUUGAAUUUCUGGUACUCUAUAGAGCAGUGAUUAGACCGGGCACUAUUGCUGCUUUUUAUAUAGAUUAAACCUCAGGUCUGUUUAAUUCUAUGUCAUGGAUCCCCAAGGAACAAUUUAUGACAUAACUAGGGACCAGACUUGAGAGAAACAAAAAAUAAGUUGGCCAAGGAAUACGGUUCCAGAUCACCCUUUAAUAAGCAGAAAAUCAAAUAGUCAUCAUACUUUCUGGACCAAUGUAAUGAUGGAUAUUGGAUUAAAAUCCAAUCUUCAUUUUAUUUUUUUCCACUACAAAAUUAACAAAAAUUGUAAUGGAUCACGUUUAUUUGGUGUUUACCCUCUUCAGGGAUUUGGCUAGAACUUAACAGAAUGAAGCUACUUUGGAAGAAAAUUCAAAGAUGGCUUUAAAGUGGUAUUGGGGAAAUCAGUGAGCCUCUUCGCGCUCCAAAGUCAGAACACCUCACCCCCGAUGUGGAAGUGGUACAUGGGAUUUGCAUUUUUCAAUGCAUGUUUUGUACGGGAAACAAUGACAAUAGACGUAGGGAUAAGGUAGAACUUAGAAUUCAAGGGAGUGUGCCUUCCAUUUUUCAAAUUAAAACAUGAAACUGCAUGGACAGGUGGCUUCCUGGGAGAAACGGUAACUCCAAACUAGUAUUGAUGACCUCUUUAGUGGGGUCCCCUCCCCACCCACCAGGUCUGUUGUCACUACACCCAUUUGUCUUUGCUGCUAGACACCUGAGUUUGACAUCACCUCUCUCUGGUCGGAACAUGCCACUUAGAGGUCGUUAUAUGGAACUCAGUUCAUUAGGGCGUGACAGGAUAGCUUGCCAGCUAAUAUGUCUGAGCAAGCUCAUAAAAUAAACAUACACGCCACUUUGUAGUAAAAGGCCUUUGGAAUGGUUAUUGGGGGAGAGAGAUUUUCAUACAGCGUUGACAGAAUCGUGAACACGAAUAAUAGCGAUCUUGCACUCUUCUUGUCUGUAAAGCACAAGAAUUCUAUGCACCCAGAUGUUAUAUUGUAUAUUCAGCAAAACUAGUGAGUGGGUACCACUCUUGGGGGGGGAGGGGAUUCCUUGUGAAAAGCACCGCUACAUUCAAUUUUUGCCUUUUGAUGAUUAAAAAGCCAUUGAAAAUUCAUGUAAACAUCUUGACCAUGCAAAAGCUUGCUCAUCUCCAUGGCCGUCCUCAGAGAGAAACACAAGUCAUAACGGAGACAGUGUGUGUCCAUCAGCCUUAACAAGCUUGUGUGUAGGUUAAUCCACUGAUCUGUCUGAUGUGAUCUGCAAAUCUUCUCCAUCCAUUGUUCAUAAGCAAAAUGAUGUUUUCCUAGUUCCUUCGUGACAUCAACACAGAGUCCCCCUGUCUGACGUGGAGGGGAAAGUUCAGGGAAGUUCUUAGAGAAUCCUUAAAGGUACGACUAGUGGUGCCUCACUGGCUUGCAAGGGAACUUUGUGUAAACAGACAAAUGCAUUGACGUAUACAAAAGACGCAAUCAAGGUGAUAUUUUCCCAAAGGCCAAGUGAUGGGUUAGUUUCUCUGGGUUACUAGGUUUUGGAGGGUUUUUGUUGUAUGGUUUUGUUUCGUUUGCUUAUUGGCAGAGUGAUGAAAUCAGACUGGUGUGCUAUGGUAACUGCAGACCAGCUGCACACAACACUGGCUGUCAGAUAGAUUUGAUCCUUCCCUCUUACCGUACGUCCCCGUACAGUCCAUCACUAAUUCCUGUUUCUAGUUUUCCCCAUCUCCUCCAUCCUGAUCCUAAAUACCAAAGAUGCCUGUGUUUAACUGACCUUCAUUGGAGUCGGCAGAAAUGGAAGGCAGGCCAGACAGGAAAUUAUCCAAAUGUAAAUCAGGAAUGUGAAUGUACUUGUAUACUAUUUGCCACCGAACAAAUGAACACUGGUGGGUCUUUCAAAUAUAUGGGCUCCCAGGAGAAUAGAAAAUGGAACUCCUAGUUGUACUUAGUAUGGGAGAAAAUGCCUUAAAAUGAGGUGUGAGGGACUGGAGCGGUGGCUUAGUGACUUAGGGUGCUUGCUAUUCCUGCAGAGGAUCUGAGAUUGGUUCCUAGUACCCAUGUUGGGCAGCUCAUAAAUGCUUCUUCAGGACUCCAAGGGCACCUGCACUCACACUCACACACAUGCACAGACCCACACACAUGCAGGCACACACACACACACACACACACACACACACACACACACAGAGAAAGAGACAGAUAAACCAACAGACAGACAGACAGACAGAAUUAAAGCAUAAAAAUGAAUCUUUAAAAAAAAAAAGAAACUGGGCUAUGAACACCCAGCUUGGAAGAGAGAAGAAAAUUGGCUGUUGGCUCUACAGCUAGACUAUAAAAAACAGAUAAAGCCAAGACUCCCUUUCUCUGAACAUAAAAAUUGGGAAAUAAUAACAGCAGCUAACUAUAGUAGCCAACGUUUACUAUUUUGUUUGUAAUCCUCUCCACAGCUCUCUCAGAUAAAUACACUUACGUUCCCAUUUUGCAGAUAACAUUUAAGACAGAAAAAAGUGUGCUAAAUCCUCAGAGUCUACAAGGACAGUAGGUAUCACCCAUUUAGUUAAAGGUGGAGCUAAGAUUCAACCCCAGAUGCUCUGGCUCCAGCCUGGGUUUAUAACCACAGUUCCCCACAAUGCACACCUGCUGGGUCCCAGGCUUCAUGCUAAGCAGGUAAUAGAGUGUUCAGGGUUAACUAUGAUGGUCCCCUGUGCAAAGGCACUAAGCAGGACUAUGCAUCUCUCUCCCCUUUGGUUUCUUUUCUUUUCUUUUCUUUCUUUUUUUUUUUUUUUUUUUUUUGUUUUUUUCGAGACAGGGUUUCUCUGUGUAGCUUUGGAACCUUUCCAGGAACUCACUCUGUAGCCCAGGCUGGCCUCAAACUCACAGAGAUCCGCCUGGCUCUGCCUCCCGAGUGCUGGGAUUAAAGGCGUGCGCCACCACCGCCCAGCCUUUCUUGUCAACUUUUUACUUGGAUUUAUUUGUGCUUGUGUGUCUCUGUCUUUGUGUGCAUGUGUGUGGGUAUGAUGAAGUCAGGAGACAACUUGCAAGAGUUGGUUCAUUCCUCCACGAUCUUCGUGGUUGGUGGCAAGCAUCCAUACUCCCUGAACCCUCUCGCCGGCCCUGUGUUUUCUUUUUUUCAAUUAUAAAUCUAUCUUAGAAUCUAUUUUACUUAGAAAAAAAGUCCUCAAUCACAACACUCUGAUCACUUUCCUACGGUUCUCUAACCUUCUAAAAAGCCUAUAUCUAGUUUCCUGCUCUAUGUGUGAAGAACAUGAGGGCUAACCCAGGGAUUUCGUUGACUCCAUUUGUUCAGGGUCGUACAGUGCCCCACAUACAAAUGAUGAGAAGCCAUGACAUGUCUGGGGUCUUGAGUUGACGUAAUAUUAGACUUAAUGACCUAAAGUUCAAGUGUCCCACUGGAACACUGUUUGCAUUUGCUGUAUGCCUGUGAUCAUACUGUAUUUUUAGUUUAGUAAAACACUAUUCAAACCCCUGUUCUGGGGUAAGGGUGCUGGUGAGGAUCACACAUGCAUAUUAAUUAACAUGAAGGAUGCCUGUCUUAAGCACUCAGACUUCAUUUAACUGAGCUGACUCCAGGCCAAUGGCCACCCUCUAACACAAUUGCUCUGUAAGUGUGUUUCUGAAAAGAAUGUGUCCUGUCGGAUAAGAUAUGAACUCAUUUGGAAGGCAUGCAGGCCCCUAGUAAGCCAACCCAUGUUAUUUUUCCGACUCAUUUCCUACAACUGCACCUGUUUUCUGUUCUGCAAUCUGCUAUUUUAAACAAUGAUCUCAUUAAAAUUACAUAAGAGCAAGUAAUUAUUCCAUCCCUUGAAGGGAUCCAAUAUAUUCAGACUUGAAAUGCUGUAACUAUAAGCUUUCCUCAAAGACAGAUACACAAACAGGCUCAUCCCAUCAACAGAUAAAGGAAUGCUAGGACUCAUUCGGCUGACGAAGGACAGUCCACGGGAAUGCAAGGGGACCAGAGGCCCCACUUGAUUAUUCAAAUUCUCUGGUCCCAGUCUUGGCUCAGAAUCCAGAACUUGUUUUGAAUCUAUGAACUCCAUCCUCACAGCCUCUGUCAUAUACAAAACUGAAGUAAGGCCAGGCGGUGGUGGCGCACGCCUUUAAUCCCAGCACUCGGGAGGCAGAGCCAGGCGGAUCUCUGUGAGUUCGAGGCCAGCCUGGGCUACCAAGUGAGUUCCAGGAGAGGCGCAAAGCUACACAGAGAAACCCUGUCUCGAAAAACCAAAAAAAAAAAAAAAAAACUGAAGUAAGAAUUUGAAAAGAGAUCUCAUCACAGCCAGGUAUGGUGGCACAGGCCUUUAACUCCAACACUUGGGAGGCUGAGGUAGGCAGAUCUCUGAGAUUGAGGCCGGUCUGGUCUACAGAGCAAGUUCCAGAGUAGCCAGGGCUACACAGAGAGACCCUAUCUUGGGGGGGGCGGUAUCAUCAGCCAAGGACUGAAACCAGCACACACAGCACUCUUCAGGAGAGAGAAACAGAAACAAAGGGAGCAACCAAGCAGAAAAUGCAUCCUGUGAAGUGUACAGUGUUUUUGUUUUGUUUUCUUUUAAACAGGGUCUCAUGCAUCUUAGGCUGGCCGUGACCUUGCUAUAUACUUGAGGUUAACCUGAGCCACCUAAUCCUGGUUUAUGUGGGGCAGGGGAUCCAAUGCAGGACCUGGCGCAUCCUAGGCAAGCACUCUACUCCCUGAGCUGCAUCUCCAUCCCCAGGCUGUAGAGUGUGUUGUUCACCCUGAGACCUACAAUGUACCCCAACAGUAGAAAUGUUUCAUCGCUGUGUUACCCCACAGAGUGUCCCUCCUCUAUGAAGGUUCUCCUUCAAUCGAUUGUAAACAGACAAUGGGUCACUUUAUGUUGCCAGGUAAUCUAUCUGGCUAAUCUGAUGGGUCACUUGUGAGAGCUGGUAUCCAAUCGGGUGCCCAGUUGGCAAAUGCAUGCUUUGUCUUUCUUUCAACUUGAGUUGGGAAAAAAAUAAAGCUGAUUCUAGUGUAACUAUUCUUGACCACAUGAAAACAACCGAUUUUCUCCACAUUAGUUAUUUAUUUGUCUAAGGCUCCUACCUCCUCAUGGAAGAAAGUGAGUCAUAGCAACUCCUCUGUAGCUAGUGCAGCCAGACAUCAAAGUUCCUAGACCAAGAAGUAUACAUGUACUUGUGUUCACCCAGGAGGAAAACUAUGUGAAAGACAGAUAUUUUUCCUACACACCAAUCCUAAAACUUCUGCUUACAUGGUCUGUUGAUGUAUGGCAAAGAUUCAAAAUUCUCCUGUUUGUUUAUCCAGAACAUUGACAAUAUUUAAGACCCACAUAUAAGUGGAAUAUCCAAGAUACUCUGAAUGUGUAUGUGCCUAUGUGCCAGGUCCUUCUGAUGGUCUUAACUGUGUAUGUAAAUAUAUAUGUGCAUAUGCAUAUUUCUAGACCUCCAGCGUCAACUGUCACUACUGACCAAGAAAAAGUUCUUCUGUGCACUUGUAGAAAACAUGAACUUAGCAACUACCAUAGAAAUUCAUUUCAGUGAAUUGGCGUUUGUUGUUGCUUCAAGAACAUGUAAGACAAUUGCUAGAUGCUUUCGUGCCUUCUCUGGUGUUGGCAUAGGUAAUUGUGUCAAGAGUGUAAAGCUCUUUUUUCCUACAAUACAGAGAUAUCUUGACUUUGUUCCCCCAGAGGAAACUAGCAAUAGUUUUAGAGCACAAAUUGAGGUAAAACAGCAUCUUGAUUCUUACAACUUAAAGAUAUUUUAUUUGCAUUAACUAACAACGGCCAGGAUCUUUUCGUAACAAAUAUUAAAAAUGGUUUAAUUUGUAUGCUUGUGAUAUGUACUUGAUUAUUUAUAUGUUUGUGUGCUCUUUAGUAAUAGUGCUAGAUAAGCAGAAUUAAGCUUUUUUUUUUUUCUUCAGUGUGUCACAGCAGGUACCAUUUAGUUCACUCAUCCACUUCUCGUUACACUUCAACAAAACUGGACAAGUUUGUACUGGAAUCCUGUUCCCAUUGUCUGGAAGCUGGCUUAACUAUCUAAUAAUACAGUAUCUUUAAUGGGUUAAGAAAAAGAAUACUAUCUACUUUUUAAAAGACAUAUUUUAAGACUAAUAAAGACGUAGUAGACCAUCCCAAAGUGACACUGUGUUCUUUAUAUGCUUGACCUUCGACCUGCUCCAUCUGCAGGCUGUCAGGUGGUUAUAACUGCAGGAGAGUGAUGGUAGGGAUUUGCACCUGGCACCAUUGUGGCUUCCAUGAAGCUGCAAGGAGAUGCAAUCCAGUAGCAGAUGGUACUUUAGCAUCCUGCCCCUUGCCUGUGCUCUCAGAAGGGGCCAUCAUCAGAGUGCUGCUUGGCCCUCAAUGUCAGCUGGAGAAUCUGGUAGAAGGCUUCCAGUUCAAAAACGCCUGUCACUCUGGUCUUUAUAAACUGUCACACUUUUUCCUCUUUGUGUUCAUCUUCGAUUUUUGAAGUAUUCAAUAUCAAGUUAGCUUCAAAACUACCUAUUUACCAGGCGUAUGUCUGCUGUGGGAUGUCUUUCUGUAUGCUGUGAAUAUGUGUUGCUCUGAUUGGUUGAUAAAUAAAGCUUCAUUGGCCUAAGGCAAGGCAGCUUAGAGGCAGGUGGGAAAUCCAAGCAGAUAGACAGAGACAAGAAAGGAGAGGAAAGAGAGACACCAGCCGCCGCAGGAGAAGCAAGAUGCCAGCAGACUGGUAAUACCACGGCCAUGUGGCAAAACAUAGAUUAAUAGAAAUGGGUUAAUUUAAGAUGAAAGAGCUAGCUAGCAAGAAGCCUGCUAUAGGCCAUACAGUUUGUAAAUAAUAUUAAGCCUCUGAAUGAUUGUUUUAUAAGUGGCUGUGGGACUGUGGGGCCAGGCAGACUGAGGGACCAGGUGGGACCAGAGAAACCUUCUGGCUACAUAUGGCAGGCUUUAAAGUUUUCUUAAUAGUUAAAAUUGGAAGCAAACUUUCAAUUUUCCUACUUGGUUCCCCAUACUCCACUCCUGGGAAAUCAAGGUAUUUGAGGCCUAAACUGCUCCCACUCAGCUGAGGCACCAGUCCUUGAAGGGUUAAUCAGUGGAAAGGAAGGUUUAGACAGCCUCACUCGCAAGGAGCCCUUUGGGACAUGAGCAGACCCCCACAUGCUGUCCCAUGAGCAGAAGGAGCCUGACCCCGGGUGGCUCCUCUUGUCGCAGUAGGUCUGAACAAGGGCAGGUGUUUGGGAAGCUGAGUAGAGUCUCCUACAGAAUGGCUGAGCAUGAGCAUGACUGUAAGUGGGACAGUGGGCCACGUGGGUUCUGUGCUGCCUGUGAGACAGCUGUCCCCAUCCUAAUGUACAGGAGGUGCUCAUUGCCCAAAGUUAUAAUCUCCAGAUGCCAAUGAGGUAUCACCGUAAGCAAUGUAGCCGCACCUCGAAGCUCCACAAGACGACACAAUGAAAACCGGUUGGUAGGUAUCGAGUCUGAUUCCACACUGCCGUGUUUUACUAAAACAGUGAAUUAAAGUGACCUGCACAGCCCUACAUGGGCAGAAUGGUUGGAGAAUGAUCCUUUCCCACCCAUUCCUUAAGUCCUUAGGCUCAGAGGGAAGGGAUCUAGGGAGAAGUUAAGGUUCUUUCUCACUGCUGUGUUAGGCCUCAGACAUGUACUGCUUCAAGGAAGGUACAGUAGACAGAACUCUGCCCCCUAUUGAUUGAACAUGGUGAUUUAAAAAUCUACUUUCUCCAUAUUUUGUUUAACAACUUAUAAACAGAUUCUAUGGGCAAAGGGCUUUUUAGAAACCUUUGAAGACUUAAUGAGAAUAAAAUUUAGUUCUUGGUCUUGGUAAAUUAAAACCUAAAAGGAUAUGGGGAUAAGGAGAGAUGACUUGGAGGUUAAGAGCUCUGAUUGAAACUCCAAAGGACCUUAGUUUGAUUUUCAGCACCCACAUGGUGGCCCAAAACCAUCUGUAACUCGGGUUCUAGGGGAUCGAACACCCUCUUCUGGUGUUUGUGGGCACCAGGCAUGCACACGGUACACAGACAUAGCAACACACAUAAAUAAAAAAUAAACCUUUAAAAAUAAAAAACCUAGUGGGAUAGAAAAGAUGGGGUUGUUUCUCUUGUUCUGGAAUUUUCUCCUAUUCCCUGCUUGGUCUGACUUGAUCAUGCUUCCAGCUUAGCCUUCGUGUGACUUUCUCAGGUAAGUUGUGGGUGGCAUCUAAUACCAACCUGUUGUUCCAAUCUUAGAUGGUCUUUUAUGAAAGCUGAAAGAUCAGAGAAGCAGAGCAAGCCAACCUCUCCUUGCCAACUCCUCAGCAGAUCCUGUUUCCAUGAAUCCUCAGACUGAAAGCCUCUGAGUCCUCACCUGAACGGGUCUCAGUUGAACUGCUUUAUUUCCUGUUUCCUCAUGCCUUAUAUACCUUUCUCUGCCCAGCCGGCACUUCCUGGGAUUAAAGGUGUGUGUCCUUCACAAGCAAAUACAUGAGAUCUCAAGUGCUGGGAUUAAAGGUGUGUGCCACCACUGCCUGGCUUUGUUUCCAGUGUGGCCUUGAACUCAGAGAGAUCCAAACAGAUCUCUGCCUCUCGAAUGAUAGGAUUAAGGGUGUGUGCUACCACUGUCUGGCCUCUGUGUCUAAUCUAGUGGCUGGCUCUGUCCUCUGAUCCUCCGGCAAGCUUUAUUAGGGUAUACCAUAUAUCAUCAUACCAACCACAUACCUUCCUGCUCUCUGAUUCUUCCCAGAGUCAGGUUGACUUCCUUUUGAAACUCAUCACACACAUUUUCUUCCCUUAGUCUUCUAUCUCCCAAGGCAUGCCUGUCACCUGGGUAGGGGCUUGUCUGCCUUGUUCAUGAUACCAAGUAGUCAUAGUACUAGGGGCCCACUUGAGGGUGGUGGGGGCAAGUUAUCAUAAAGAAGGAAAAAUGAGCCUGGGGACUGGAGAAAUGGCUUAGCAGUUAAGAACACUUGUUCUUGCAGUGGACUCAGGUUCUCUUCCAAGCACCCAUAUAGUGGCUGACAGCCACCUCUAACCCUGGUUCCAGUGGAUCUCUUCAGGCACCAAGCACUCAUGUGGUGCAUAUACAUACAUGCAGACAAAACAUUCAUACCAAGUAAGUAAGGUAAAUAACUUUAAAUGAAAUUUUACAAAAAAAGAAGAAAUGAAUUAAAGGUGAGCCCUUAGGGACACAAUGUCAGGAGACAGAAGGCAGAGGGUUGAGCAAUUCUUAAGGUGUAGUCAGAAGAUUUCCUGUGGCCCAUGUGGCCCAUGGUCAGGACAAAUCUCCCACCCACAGUCCCACAGCCUUUUAUAAAAUAAUCACGCAGAGGCUUAAUAUUAUUUAUAUAACUGCUCGGCCAUUAGCUCAGGCUUGUUACUGACUGGCUCUUACACUUAUAUUAACCCAUAAUUCUUAUCUAUGUUUAGCCACGUGGCUUGGUACCUUUUCUCAGUUCUGCCUUGUCAUUUUGCCUCCUCCGUGUCUGGCUGGCGACUCCUGACUCAGCCCUUCCUCUUCCCAGCAUUCCUUUGGUCUACUCGCCUCACCUAUACUUCCUGCCUGGCUACUGGCCAAUCAGAGUUUUAUUAAACCAGUGUACAAAAGCCUUAUCCCACAGCACUAAGGGGAUCUGGGAGGCUUAGAAUCAUUUGUUGAUGGUGACAAUACACCAUUUAUUACGUAGGCUCUAUAGACCAGAAAUGUUUAUAGUACCAUCUAUUUCUAAAACCAACCUUGAAAGUAGGUGUCACUGAUACCCUUGUAUAGAAGGAAGCUGAGGCUCACAAAGGCUAGGCCACAUCUAUCUAUGACAGUGAAGGCACUCAGCUGUGUCCUGAGUCAUUAUUACAAAACCCAUAAGAAGGUUGUUUUGUGAGUGACAAGGAAAGAAGCCCUGAGAAACAGGUAGCAGCUUGACUCUAGUGAUCGUGAACACGGGAGUCACAGAUUCAGGCUUUCCCCUGCUUGUGGUAGAGAGGCUCUGAAGAAGUCUGGACAGGUGCUUCAGAAACACUCUGUUGGAUAAGAGAGCAGCUGGAAGUCGGAAAGGGAGGAAGGAGUUGAGACUCCAGGGAGGUAAGGGCAGCCCACCUGAGGAGACCCAGCAGGAGCUGGGACAGCAAAUUUAGAAGUAGAAAUAAGACUCAGGAGGAUAAAAGAAAGUGGACCCUAUGAAGAGAGGCAAUGAGAAGAAAGAGCAGAAACAACUAAGAUGUUUUUAAACCAGACAAGAGCAAGAUAAGCAGGAACGGCGACGGGGAUGGCGGUGUGAAAUGUGGAGAAAGACUGCCCUCUUCUGGAGAACUGAAAACUUGCUUUGAAGCUCUGAUUGUUCAGAAGGUGAAUCCAUAUUCACUACCAGUAACGAGUAAGUAGAUGCCCAGAUAGGAAUUCAAGUAGAUUUCACUGUUAAAAGAAAAAGAGUUGGGGCUGGAGAGAUGGCUCAGAGGCUAAGAGCACUGACUGCUCUUCCAGAGGACCCAGGUUCAAUACCUAGCACCCACAUGGCAGCUCACAUCAGUCUGUAACUACAGUUCCAGGGGACCUGACACCCUUGCACAGGCAUACACACAGGCAAAAGAUCAAUGCACAUAAAGAUAAAUAAAUAAUAAUUUUUAAAAAAGAACAAGAGUCUAUGGAGGCAGGUUGAUGCGUCUUCAACAUGGACCGCUGCAGAGUCAUGUGAUAGAAUGCCACUUAGUGAAUAGGUAAGAAUAGUACUUGUGGUGGGGAAUGAAAGCAAAUGUUUUGGGAAAGUUAAUGUGUAUAAAAGAAAUAAAUGGCUGAUUUCUAGCUA